CGGCGUCAGUACAACCUUACCAGUCGACGCGAGUCGACGCGUUAGCUCUCCCUAUUAAGUUAUCGCCGAUCACAUUAUACCUACAGGACGUCUAAAUAACUUAGAAAAAGGUUUUUUUGUAAAUAAAUUAAGUUUAAUUGCAUAUAUAUAAAGUCUUGAUUGAGUGUAACGAGAUUUCCAAAGUUUUGUGCAUUAAUAUCCACUUUCGUACUACAUUGUUUUGAAUAUCAAGACAACUCACUUGAAGCGACGAUGCACGAAGGCCGCUAAAAAUAACUGGGGUUUGCGUGCUCGAGUCUUGUUCGCUGCGGCCGGCCCGCUUUCUUACUCCCUACACUAUUUCUGUCUUAUAGGAAAGCAAUAAGAUAUUUUACAUGAAAAGGAACAUCACUAGAAUCCGAAUGAGUAGACAAUGAAAAAAGUGCGUAAGAAAAAGUCUGUAGUCGCGACGCGACAGUGACUUAUGGUGUUUAGUGCUUGUAAAUUUUGUGCCUGAAACCAGGAAGCAUCAUAUCUACAUAAGAAUGGCGCUUGUAAUGCUGCCUUGCGACCUACCCUGGUGGACGUCUGUUCAACGACAUCUCAAACAUCUUCUGGUAGCUUCUUCGCCAACUAAGCUAACAGCAAGCAUGUUGAAAAUACACGACAUGUGCAAUAUCGGGAUAGAUCCGGACGAUGAUAUCAAGGAUCCAGAUCUAAUGAAAGGCUUAGAGCAAUUCCUCGAAGAGGAGAUGAACGAAGAAGAACGGUCGCAUUUCUUAGACAAUACUGUUAGGAUUAUGGUGAAUAGGGCACUGCACCUUAAAAGAUGGCGCCCGCCAAAGGGACUGAUGUUUAGCUUACAACAACAAAGUGACGUUACAGAACUAGAUUAUAACUUUGUAUCGUCGCUAAUCGCUCAUGCCUUAUUCUCCACGUUUCCGAAGAGAACGCUCAAGACUCAUCCCACAUUACAAGACUUUAAUUUUACACAUUUUUUUAAGAAUUUACACAGAAAAUCGCAACGGAACAAGUUAAAAAGUUUAUUACAUUACUUCGAGUGGUUGGACAAACACAAUAAUGAAGGGUCCAUAAAAAUUAGUCGGCAGGUAAUGACAUCGAAACAAUGGUUGACCAUAGAAGACUGGUUAGAAUGCACGUUGCCGCUGUGCAAGCUGCUGGUUAGGCACGAGGGACGACCAGAAAGAUGUGAGAACGAAGACGCCAUUAGAGUGUGCUUCGCUACAAGCAGGAUCGGGGGCAACAUACUAAUCGACGGAGAAUCUCAGGAAUCACUGUCGAUGUUCAUGAUGCCAGAGCUAUUGUCCACUAUGCUAUCAGUAGAAUCUCUCGAAGAUAAUGAAGUUAUUAAAGUGGAGGGAGCGAGAAUGUUCAGCAGGAUAUACGAUAGAAAACAAAAGGCUACGCUAGAACUACUCGAAGAACCUAAAAAAGUAACGGUGUGUCUGAUGGAUGCAGAAGACUACAGCAGUCUCCCGUUAGGUCAGUGGGAAGAGGACAAUGUACUACGUGAACUAAACAAGAGUCUGCUUGCGUUCCAGCAAACACCGAUGAAAAGUAAAGAUACCAUUCGUCACGAGAGACGCUUGUCGCCUAUAGGCGAAUCCUUUAGCCACACGCCGCCAGAAGUGGAAGCCACGGUGGUCAUCAAACAGGCUUCGUCCUGCAGCACCAUCAACACCAACAGCAGGAGCCCGUCGCCGCAGAACUACUGCGCAGCGACCCUCAACCUCAACGACCCCAGUGUGGAACUGUCUAAGCGUAAGUGCUGGCUCUCCCCGGACGGUGGGAUGUUGAACAAUCGCCGUGGACGAUUCAUAGUGCUCGGCUCGUCUGGGGAAUGUUUGCCAGUGACCAGAAGCACGGGCAACGACCAAGACACGCAGGAGGACAGCUUGUAUUCGAGCUGCAACUCCAGCGAAGACGAGUAUCACAGUGCCAAUGAUAGUUUUGAUUACGGUAGUGAAGACGAAGGCAGAGGAGAGAGCGCCCACCCAAAUUCAUUCCAGUAUAACAAAGAAUUAUCAACCGAAGAGAAGAGGAUUUCGUUUGCGGAUAAACUCAAGGAGGCUUUGCGGAGAGAAGCUGAGGACUCUUGUACUAGUAGCAACACCGGGGACUGGUCCACGGACAGCUCUAGCUAUGCUGUCGGCAUUAGCAUCUCGGGAGCUGGAAUUAAUGAUAACGAAAUAAGAAUAAAGCGCGGCGGCUCAGGGGGCUUCGUGCUGACGGACAAGGAAACGACAGUCAACGGCGACUUGUCUCCGAGACGAAGACCUCUCGGGAGGAAGGACACGGGAAACAGUUCUAAGUACAGUUUCAGCACCGAAUACACAUCAGAAUUGGAGGAGGUUUACGAGCAGUUCAACCAAUGGCUGAACGAUCCCAUAAUGGACGCGGGCUCUGGAGAACACAAAGCACGAGAAUUGGACUCUCGCGACUUGGCUGUCAUAAGAUUCGCUGGCUCUCUCUUGAAGCGUACUCUAAGUGAGUCGAUGGCGAGCGGUGCAGGCGGCGUCGGGACGGAAGGUGCAGCGGAGGCUGCGGAGCUUUACGGACGUGACGUCAGAGACAAGACUCCCCGGCGGCUUGCCCUAGCCGCCAGGUCACUCUCACUCGAACUGGCUCGACACAGACACAGACUCGCUGCUCAGCUGAAACGUAAAGUAAAAGAAUCUAUACCCGAGGAGAUAAUUGAGAGCACGAGACGUUUAUCCGAAGAGAAUUGUAAGGACUCUGACGGAUCUGGGUCCGCUAGCACAGAGACUAGCUCCACGCAGAUAUCCAAUCCCAACGUUAGAAGGAAAAAGUUAAACUGGGUCAUAAAUAUGAUCGUAGACACUAUAGAAGAGACUGUAGAAUGUGAACCGGUCACAGUAAAGCUUAAGAAACCAAAGUUAAGCCAAUUGGCCCACAAGAUCGUGUCGGGAAGUUCGUCUCGGCCCGUGGCGACCGGCAACUGGGGCUGCGGUCACCGGCAGCGCGGACACCCACAGCUCAAGCUGUUGCUGCAGUGGCUCGCCGCCAGCGUCGCCGGUCUCCCCGCUCUCAUAUACUACACCUUCGGAAACGAGAAACUCUAUAAGCUGGAUACCGUAGUUAGAGUUCUGGUGGACAGAAAGUGGACAGUCGGCCAGUUGACUCGAGCCGUGCUCAAGUUCGCGCGUCUGAUCAUACACGAGCCUCACGUCAUUCCCGACAAGCACUCACUCUUCGACGAACUCAUCGGAAUCGAGAAGAUACCGGACGACACGUAGUCGACCCUAUCACAGUGACAAUAAGGUUCAUAAUUAUCUACCACGGUUCGAAUUAACGAUUCGAAUCAUUUUCUAUUUUAUUACAAAGACAAAAAAUAUGUUGUAGGCACGAAAAUAAUACGUUUAGCUUUCAUUUAGUUACACCACGAUGCAUUUAUUUGUAUUUUAAUAUCUAAUAACAAAAUAAUGUGGUUGAACUGUGUCUUAUUUUACAUGUCUGUUGACUUUUAGAUACUUUUUACGACAUAGUCACGAAAGCAAUACUAGUUCGACUCUAUAUAAAUACAAACUUUGAAAUGUAUUUUUAUACAAAAACUAUCAAAUUAUAACCAUGUAUGAAGGUUUCUAAUAUAAGUUUUACUACAGAGCUGUUAGUAGCUUGAUAUCACUAUUUGAUUAUGUUAGCAUCUAUUAGUUUACAUCCCAGAUUUAUAAAUGUUAAUUUUAAAACGACACAUUCACAAAUAUGCAGCUGUAGCAAAUACUUACAACGCGGUUUUGUUACUUAUCAUAAUAAUUAUUAUCCCUCUUAUAAUCAUUUUCAUCGUAGUUGUAAGAGAAUAUUAUACAUAUUAUAAUGCGUUUGGUUUGUAACAUCACACAUCAAUAAAUAUUAAUAUCAAUAAAGUCUACAUUCGACAAAGUCUUCCAUCGCAUGAAUCUCGAUGUGUCCAAAGUUUAAUUUUACCAAACAUGUGGGUGGGAAAUAAAUCAAUUGCGUCGAA